GUCUGCGCCCUCACUCUCAUCUCGAAUUUCACCCCUUGACCUUUGAACCAGUAAAACUAUGGGCGUUGUCUCAACUGAAUGAGUCGCAGUAGGACAACGCACAGUUAUCGGUGGCUAUUGAGGUGUGCUAUAGUUGACCCGUACGGUUUGAAUUUUCACUUACAAAUUGUUGAGAAAUUUGCACCACCACAAGCACCUUUUCAACUCAUUCAUUGUUUUCCAAGGAAGCGUCUCUCUCUUUGUGCUGCCUUCCCUCAGUGCUCUUCCCUGUCUUGGAAAUUAUAGAAGAAUCGCAGCACAAACACUCCUUGAUAAAACCUCCCUUCAUCAGCAAUUCAUACCACCGCAGCUAGAACAUGAAGUUCGGGAAGGAGUUCAGGGCACAAAUGGUGCCGGAAUGGCAAGACGCAUACAUGGACUACAGUUUUCUUAAGACCCUCCUAAAAGAAGUGCAGCGUUUCAAGCAAAGAAACAGGCCACCAGUCACACCCAACCGUGGCCUGAAGCGGAAGAUGACAUUAUACAGAGCCUUCAGUGGCCUAACACGACACAACAGCCCCCCGAGCCCUUCCGAAUCCGACAUUGAAAGCCAAGUCAUUCUGGUGAAUUCGGUGAGGACGGACGGGGACGGGUCUGAGAGCUACGAGACCAAGUUUCUCAUGUCAGCAGACGAGGGAGGAGAAUACGAGCUUGUCUACUUUAGAAGGCUCGAUGAUGAGUUCAAUAAAGUGGACAAGUUUUAUAGGUCUAAGGUGGAAGAGGUGAUGAAGGAGGCAGCCUUGUUGAAUAAGCAAAUGGAUGCUUUCAUUGCGUUUCGAUUAAAAGUGGAGAAUCCGCAGGGUCGGUUUGAUAGAUCAGCUGAGUUAACUCGUAUCUCUAACGAUGUCGCCACUUCAACCGCCACGUUAGCAGCUACUACUCCAUCUGGAGUCCGAGCAAGCCGGAGAGUAGCUCAUAUGGAUAUAAUAGAAGAAGGAGGAUCGAUCAGUAAUCAUGAACAGUCGGAUGAAUCAAGUGAUGAACAAAAAGAUGUGAACAAAAUCAAACCUAUAAACACAAGUGUCCAAGAACAGAAGCCAAGUAGCAUCAAGGCAACAAGACCAGCUCCAUUAGAAGUACUUAAACGUGUGAGGAUAAACAACACCGUGGAGACUCCUCGUUCCACCAUUAAAGAAAUCCUUAAUGUUCCUAAGCCAGAAGAGCUGAAUUUUACUCGAAAGAAUCUAAGGAAAGUUGAAGAUCAACUUAAGUGCGCUUUUGUCGAAUUUUACCACAAGCUUCGGCUCCUUAAGAGCUACAGCUUCAUGAAUACGUUGGCAUUCUCGAAGAUCAUGAAGAAAUAUGAUAAGAUCACUUCUAGAAAUGCGUCAAAAUCUUAUUUGAAGAUGGUGGAUAACUCCUUCCUCGGCAGCUCUGACCAGGUUACCAAACUUAUGGAGAGGGUAGAAGCUACCUUCAUCAAGCAUUUCUCCAACUCAAAUCGAACUAAAGGAAUGAAAAUUUUGCGACCACAAGCAAGGAAAGAAAGGCAUAGACUAACAUUUUCUUUGGGUUUCUUUGCUGGCUGCACAGCUGCUCUCAUUCUGGCCAUUAUUUUGAUCGCUCGCACCCGCCAGCUCCUAGAUUACAAGAAAGAGAAUGACCAGUACAUGGAAAACUUGUUCCCUCUUUACAGCUUGUUCGGGCUAGUUGUUCUGCACAUGCUUAUGUAUGCUGCAAAUAUAUUCUUCUGGAGACGCUACAGAGUCAAUUAUUCAUUUAUAUUUGGAUUCAAGCGUGGAAAGGAGUUGGGCUACCGGGAAGUUUUCCUUCUUGCUUUUGGUCUAGCAGUAUUAGCACAAGCCUGUGUGCUCUUAAAUCUCGAUAUGGAGAUGGACCCAAAAACAAUGGAAUAUGAAGCUCUCACUGAACUUCUUCCCCUGGGUCUAGUUAUGCUAGUAGUUGUCAUAUUAAUCUGCCCCUUUAACAUAGCAUAUCGCUCCAGUCGAUUCUUCUUACUCACAUGUUUACUUCAUUGUCUCUGCGCACCUCUCUACAAGGUCACACUCCCAGACUUUUUCUUGGCAGACCAACUAACUAGCCAGGUGCAAGCAAUUAGAAGUCUGGAGUUUUAUGUCUGCUAUUAUGGUUGGGGAGAUUAUAAACAUAGACAAAACACCUGUAAAUCAAGUGGUGUAUACAAUACUUUCUACUUCAUUAUCGCUGUGAUUCCCUACUGGUCCCGCCUCCUUCAGUGCCUCAGACGCCUGUUUGAAGAGAAAGAUCCAAUGCAAGGAUACAAUGGGCUGAAAUAUUUUGCAACAAUUGUGGCAGUUUGUGUGAGAACAGCUUACAGUCUUGACAAGGGAAUGGGGUGGAGAGUCAUAGCGUGGGUUUCCUCCAUAAUUGCAGCAAUAUCGAGUACAUAUUGGGAUCUUGUUAUUGACUGGGGCCUUCUGCAAAAGAACUCCAGGAACCGUUGGUUGAGGGACAAACUCCUUGUCCCCCACAAGAGUGUAUACUUUGGAGCUAUGGCCUUGAACGUGUUGCUGAGACUGGCCUGGAUGCAAACCGUGUUGAAUUUCCAGUUUUCCUUCUUACAUAGACAGGCCCUGAUUGCAAUUGUUGCCGGCCUAGAAAUUAUUCGCCGUGGCAUAUGGAAUUUCUUCAGGCUUGAGAACGAGCAUUUGAAUAAUGUUGGCAAGUAUCGUGCAUUCAAGUCAGUACCUUUACCUUUCAACUACGAUGAAGAGCAAGAAAAGGAUGAGUAGCUGUGCAGACAACAUUAAACCGACGAUGUUCUUCAUUUUUUGUUCAAUAUUUCAAUAUCAAAGUAAUUAAUUAACAUUGGACCGGAAACCUUAAAACUUGAAUAAAUAGUUUAAAAUAUAAAUAAUAUUAUUCCUCUCCAAACUUUUAUUACAUUAUUUUA